CCCAGUUGAUCUAUCGUUUUGGCAGCUGGAUCUGCUACGCUUCGAAACCCACGAACACCGCGAAGGGGUGUAAGGCCGGUGCAGUGGGGGCCAGUGGACGGGAUGAAACUAUUCCCGGCCGCAUCUCAAACCGCCAGGGGCCCUAAAUCCAACCAAGUGGUGGCUUGAACCAAACAGCAUUCCGCAUUCAUCCCCCCUGGAUGGCCUGUGCUUGGCGCACUAGUCCUGACAAUGUCUUAUCCCAUUUCAGGGAGGCGCAUUCGAUUCCAGACGCGAGCCUCACGUCCCCUUUUAUCUCCCCCUCUCCGUCUCUUCCUGCGGCCCUGUCGUUCCCCGGAACUCGCAUAUCAAGACCCCCAAUGGAGUCAUCCCACGCCCUUCAUCUCACCAGGCGUGCGGUCGCUCUGGCGCUGCCUCUAUGGGCUCGCAGCGACGACGACUCCUCGUCGUCCGGCGAUAAGCCCGUCAGUAACUUCCUCAAGAGCGGCGUCCCGGGCAUUAUCGUUGGCGUAAUCUUCCUGUCGGCAUGUUCGGUUUGCUGCUAUUUCCUUUGGCGCAACAAGCGACAAGAUGCCAAAGAAGCAGCGGCAACUCGGGAAUGGAAUGAGGCAUGACCUCGGAUGAUCUGCACAAUCCCCUGCAACCACUCGAUAUUCUCCCUCGGAGCUGAGCCUGCUUUUUCCGCCUCAACACAACUCCUCCUCGCUGGCUCCAACAUCUCUUUCAUCUCUUUCAACGUUUGGAGUUUAGGUCUUGGGUUUUCAUCGCUCAAUCAUCGCCAUCAGCCAAUUUUCUUAUCUUUCGCAAGAACAUACUCAACCGGCUCGCGAUACCACACUUGCAUGGGCUCACUGGGUGAACCAAAAGGAUGUACUACUAGCGCUACACUUUUUUUUUUUUUUCUGUCUUCUAGCCUGGCCUUCCUGACUGCCAUGUAUCAUACCCAAUUACGGCUGGCACCUAUUGGUCUGUACUGAGUAGGGAGUGUCCAACGACAAGCGCUUAACCGCCUUUA